CACACACACACGCACACACACAGUCACCAGUGUGCGUGUCAGCCCCUCACGCACGCCACAUGUAUUCCCACCUCUGUACCAUCCUCCACGUGAGGAGGAGUGAUGCGACCCAUCCUCACGCACGAGCCUUCCACCGUCGGCACGCUUCCGCCUCGCUCAGCCAAUCAGAGCGAAGCGCUCUGCUGCCUAUAAAUCCCUUCUGCUGCCUGGCUCAUCAGUUCCCUGUCCCCAUCGCCCUGAGACCACCGACCCGAGCUACAGCCCUGAUUCACUACAGCCGUGAAGAUGACGACCCGGACCAUGCAAGCGGCGCGAUGCCCGACGGACGAGCUGUCGCUGACUAACUGUGCCGUGGUGAGCGAGAAGGAUCUGCAGUCGGGACAACACGUGACCGUGAAGACGACGCCCAACCACAAGUUUGCUUUUACAGUCAAGACCCAUCACACUGUGGCACCUGGAAGCAUCGCCUUCAGCCUGCCACAGAGGAAAUGGGCCGGACUCUCCAUCGGUCAGGAGGUGGAAGUUUCCAACUACAACUUCGACAAGUCGAGGCAGUGCAUCGGCUCCAUGACCAUCGAGAUCGACUUCCUGCAGAAGAAGAGCACCGACUCCUCCCCCUACGACUCCGACAAGAUGGCCGCCGAGUUCGUGCAGCAGUUCAACAACCAGGCGUUCUCCGUCACGCAGCAGCUCGUGUUCAGCUUCUGCGACAAGCUGUUCGGUUUGAUGGUGAAGGACAUCGAGGCGAUGGACGCCAGCAUCCUCAAAGGAGAGCCGGCCACUGGGAAGAAGCAGAAGAUCGACGUGGGCCUGAUGGUGGGAAACAGUCAGGUGGUGUUUGAGAAGGCCGAGAGUUCCUCCCUCACACUCGUUGGAAAGGCAAAGACCAAAGAGGCUCGACAGACGAUCAUCAACCCCGAGUGGAACUUUGAGAAGAUGGGAAUCGGAGGUCUGGACCGGGAGUUCUCCGACAUCUUCCGCAGAGCCUUCGCCUCCCGAGUCUUCCCUCCGGACAUCGUGGAGCAGAUGGGGUGUAAGCACGUGAAGGGCAUCAUGCUGUUCGGCCCUCCAGGUUGUGGUAAGACACUGAUGGCCCGGCAGAUCGGCAAAAUGCUGAACGCCCGCGAGCCGAAGGUCGUGAACGGGCCGGAGAUCCUGAACAAGUACGUGGGCGAGUCCGAGGCCAACAUCCGCAAACUGUUCGCGGAGGCAGAGGACGAGCAGAAGAGGCUGGGAGCCAACAGCGGCCUCCACAUCAUCAUCUUCGACGAGCUGGACGCCAUCUGCAAGCAGAGAGGCACGGGCGCCAGCAGCACGGGCGUGCACGACACCGUGGUCAACCAGCUGCUGUCCAAGAUCGACGGCGUGGAGCAGCUGAACAACAUCCUGGUCAUUGGUAUGACCAACAGACCCGACCUGAUCGAUGACGCUCUGAUGAGGCCCGGCAGGUUCGAGGUCAAGAUGGAAAUCAGUCUUCCCGAUGAGAAGGGCCGGGUCCAGAUCCUGACCAUUCACACCAACAAGAUGCGAGGCUUCAACCUUCUGGCCAAUGACGUGGACAUCAAGGAGCUGGCGGCCGAGACCAAGAACUACAGCGGAGCCGAGCUGGAGGGUCUGGUCAGGGCGGCUCAGUCCACGGCCAUGAACCGGCACAUCAAGGCCACAUCCACGGUGGAGGUGGACAUGGAGCGAGCGGAGAAGCUGAAGGUCACCAGAGCCGACUUCCUGGGAUCCCUCAACAACGACAUCAAACCAAUGUUCGGCACCAACACGGAGGAUUACUCCAGCUACAUCAUGAACGGGAUCAUCAAGUGGGGCGACCCGGUCUCUCACGUCCUGGGUGACGGGGAGCUGCUGGUGCAGCAGACCAAGAACAGUGACCGCACGCCACUGGUGGCUGUGUUAGUGGAGGGCCCCCCCCACAGUGGAAAGACGGCCCUGGCAGCGAAGAUCGCGGAGGACUCCCAGUUCCCCUUCAUCAAGAUGUGCUCUCCAGACAAGAUGAUUGGCCACUCGGAGAUCUCCAAGUGCCAGGCCAUCAAGAAGAUCUUUGAGGAUGCGUAUAAGUCCCAGCUCAGCUGUGUGGUGGUGGACGAUAUCGAGCGUCUUCUGGACUACGUGCCCAUCGGUCCUCGAUUCUCCAACUUGGUCCUCCAGGCUCUGCUGGUGCUGCUGAAGAAAGCUCCACCCAAGGGUCGGAAACUGCUCAUCAUCGGCACCACCAGCAGGAAGGACGUGCUGCAGGAGAUGGAGAUGCUGGACGCCUUCAGCACCACGAUCCACAUCCCGAACAUCUCCACCGGGGAGCAGCUGGUGGACGCUCUCGAGCUGCUCGGGAGCUUCUCGGAUAAAGAGCGAGCCAGCAUCGCUCAGCAGCUCAAAGGGAAGCGCGUGUGGAUCGGCAUCAAGAAGCUCCUGGUGCUCAUCGAGAUGUCACUGCAGAUGGAACCGGAUCACAGAGUGAACAAGUUCGUUACUCUGCUCCGAGACGAGGGGGCGUUGAAUGAAGGCGAUCAAAUCAGAAUUUAACGUGUCCGAUCCCCCCCCCGUGCACCGUGGACGCAGCUUCUACGAGUAGAAGAGUGAAACGAGCAUCUCUCCAUCAACAAGCCAAACCAUGGGACACAACGAGGAAGAGGAGGAGGAGAAGAAGAGAUCUUCCUACUGUCUAUCCACCCGCUGAUCCAUCUGAAUACACUCCGAGUCUAUGAGAGACAGCAGUCCUCUUUAUCUCAGCAUGUUCCCACAGCCAGACUCACCUCCUCCUCCUCCCUCCUUCCUCCUCCUCCUCAUCUUCAUCAUCCGACGCUGACAACAUACACAGCAAACCACUGGAAGUCGUAUACUGUUAUAAACCUGUCAUCUGUAAAGAAGUUGCAAUAGAUGAUUGUAAAAAGUUCUGUUUUGUGCAUCGGACAUUAAGACAAGUUGUGUGUUUAGUUGUAGUGUUUGAUGUAUUUGUUGCAUAUCUCUUGUGUAGCUGAUGUAGUUGUUGUUUCCUCACACACGAGAGCAGUAUAAACACAUCUCAAUCCUGAAGUCAACAAUGCGACUGUACCAGAGGCUUUUAGUGAAAGUGUAGUGGCUGUAAAAAGACGCCGUCCAUGUGUAAAUGUUUCCCUCUAUAAUUAUACAGUAUGUCCACGUUGUGUAAAUAGUAUAUAUAGACAAAAGGUAUAUCUUAAAAACGAUAUAAAUGACGUCUCCAGUUUAUUUGGUGCUUUAUCAGUAUAUGAUUCUUCUUCCCUGCUGCUCCACAGAUGUUCGACAGUGAUAGUGAAAGUGAUUAUUGGGUAGUGGGUCUGUCUGUGUGCGUUGUGUACAGUUCAGUCCGAGUGUAGCUGCGGAAUCAUCAGUGUUAAAAAAGACGACAAAACCAAUAAAAAAACACUUUUAACUUCCACUCAACAAAAACCUUCAGUACUUAUCUCAUCUUACCUGUGGGAGGCGGAGCUUGUGUCCACUCGUGUGCAUGUGUGAGGAACUAAAUGCUGCAUGUGUGUGUGUGUGUGUGUGUUUGUGCAUCUGAAUCCAGUUUUUUUGACGGUUGAUGGUUAAUUUGUAUUUUUUCUCACGUCACGUGUUCAGUGCUUCUCGUCCACAGUUCUUGUUUCGUUGGUGUGUGUAAAUAUGUGUCAAUAUGCAGAUGUAUUAUUGCAAUAAAAAUAACACAGAUGCACAAGAACAGGUCUCCU